AUGUAUAUAUAUGUAGAUGAUCUAUGGGUUAUUCUGCAUGGAAAGGUGUAUGAUUUGACAUAUUUCUUGCCUGAACAUCCUGGAGGACAAAAGAUUAUUCUCAAGUAUGCUGGCAAAGAUGCCACUUCAGCAUUUGAACCCAUUCAUCCUAUCGAUAUCAUUACUCGACUUUUGCCUGCCGAAGUGUGCAUGGGAUCCAUUGACCCUGCUGCCCUGAAGGGCGCAACUAAGGAAGAGUCUGAGGAAGACAAGUUGAUUAGAAUUGCCCGAGAAAAAAUGCCCCGUUUAGAAGAGAUGUACAACUCUUUUGAUUUUGAAAGCGUGGCAAAGAGAGUUAUGAAACCCGAUGCCUGGGCUUAUUAUUCUUCCGGUGCGGACGAUGAGAUCUCCAUGCGUGAGAACCACAACGCAUUCCAUCGCAUCUGGCUGCGUCCUCGUGUGAUGGUAGACGUCAAGCAUGUUGAUAUGAGCACCACUAUGCUCGGCUGCCCGGCCUCGUUUCCUCUCUAUAUCACUGCCACCGCCUUGGGAAAGCUCGGCCAUCCAGAGGGUGAGAAGGUCUUGACGAGAGCAGCCGGAAAGACCGGUAUUAUCCAGAUGAUUCCCACACUUGCAUCCUGCUCUUUUGACGAAAUGGUCGAUGCCAGACUUGAUAAGCAGAACCAAUGGUUGCAGCUCUAUGUCAACGAAGAUCGUAAUAUCACCAAGCAUCUUGUCCAACAUGCCGAGGCUCGCGGAAUCAAGGGCUUGUUCAUUACUGCUGAUGCCCCUCAACUGGGUCGUAGAGAAAAGGAUAUGCGCCAAAAGUAUGCCAACGAAGCACCCGAUGAGAUUACUCGGUCUGAGAUGUCGAUGACUCGAAAUGAAGGUGCCGCUAGAGCCAUCAGUACAUUUAUUGAUCCAGCUUUGAACUGGAGUGAUAUUCCUUGGUUUCAGAGUAUCACAAAGAUGCCAAUUCUUAUCAAGGGUGUACAAUGUGCCGAGGAUGCUGUCUUGGCUGCCAAAUAUGGCUGUCAGGGUGUCGUUCUGUCCAACCACGGUGGUCGUCAGCUUGAUUUCGCACCCUCUUCGAUCGAAAUCUUGGCCGAGGUCAUGGAGACAUUGAAGCGUGAAGGUCUGGACAAGAACUUUGAGGUCUACAUUGAUGGUGGUAUCCGCCGUGGAUCUGAUAUCUUUAAAGCCAUUGCACUCGGUGCCAAAGGUGUUGGAAUCGGUCGUCCUGCUCUCUUUGCCAUGUCUUCUUAUGGUGAUGCUGGUGUCGAACGUUUGAUCAGCCUCUUCCAGAAUGAACUGGAGAUGUGUAUGCGUCUCAUGGGUACACCCACUAUCAAGGAUAUUAAGCCUGAAAUGGUUGAUAUCCGUAACAUCAAGGACCACUUUGUAGCAAACCCAACAGAUUACCUUGCUGCUGGUGCCUACGAAAGAAUGCAACCCAGAGGUGGCAUUAUAUCCAAGCUUUAA